AUGAGUAGUUCUGUAUCAAAAUAUCUAAUGGAGAUUAAAAGCUUUCAAGAUCAACUUGCAGCUGCAGGAUCUCAAAUUUCAGACACUGAAAUGGUGGUAACUAUUUUAUCUGGCUUGCCUCUAGAGUAUCAUUCUUUUGCUACUUCCAUUAGAAUUCGUAAUCCGCUAGUAUCAAGCAAGGAACUGUUCAAUCUACUCAUGAAUGAAGAAAUUGUUGUAACCAAUACCAAAACUGAUUCUGAAGCCAAAGCUUUUGCGGCUCAACAUUAUCAGCAGUUCAAACUUAACUCUAGUUACAAUCUAGACCUUCAUACUCAAACUCAAACUCAGUUUUUCAUAGAGGUGGAUCAAAAGGUCGAGGUGGUCGACAUCCAAAUCCUAAUUUCUUCUCAAGACCUUCCUAUGGAAGAGGCAAUGUUAGCAGCUGCAGAUAUUUUUGAUGAUUCUCCCUGGUAUGCAGAUAGUGGAGCUAACAAUCACAUCACCUCUAAUGAUGCUAAUCUGACUACUUCUUCUCCUUAUGAAGGUGCUGAGAUGAUUUCAACAGCUAGUGGCCAAGGACUUGACCUUUCAGAGGAUCCUUUUGCAAGGGCCACAUAA